UCAGGAAACCACGAUCAGCUCAACACAUCUGACACACACAAGAUCAAUCAUCUCCUCUCUCAGGACCAAGACAUUCAACUGAUCAACUUCAACUCAUCACCGUGAGGCGACAGCUAUGUUGGAAGAAGCAGUGGAAACAUAUCCACAGAAUGGAGGAGGAAAGAAGAGGAAAUACCCCGGUGGUGAUGAUGGGAAAGGAGAAGAGAGAAAGAAGUGGGGAGGUGAAGAAGGAGAGAGGAGUCAGGGAGACGGUGGCAGGAAGCAGCGCCUGGACGCCAUGAGCGUGGGAUAUUUCCGCCGAGUCGGAGAGAGACUCGCUGAAGGUUUUGAAGAUAAAGAGGAGAGAGCGAUGUUUGUGGAGAAUGUGCUCUCUGAAGUCAAAGGUCAAGCGAUAAUGGUGGCGAUGGACUGCACAGGAAGCAUCACCCUGCAGCGGCUGCUCCCUCUGUCCACCGCUGAGCAGGUGGGAGAGGUGCUGGCUGAACUUGGCGGAGAAUCCGGCUCAGAGUUAGCAGUGGUUUCCUGCGAUCGCUGCGGCGGCCACGUCGUGGAAAGUGCAGUCAGACAGAUGUCCAGGUGGACGGGUAAGAUUCCUCUCUCAUCACCGUGCCAAAUUCUUUGUAUUCAAAUAAUAAAGUCAGACAAAACACCUCAGCUUGUCUGUAUCGAUUGCUUCCAUUUUUUUUAUACCACAGAAGGAGAAGAGGAGAGCUUUGAAUUGCUGGAGGCGCAGGUGUUGUCUCUCAGUCAGGUGGUCAGAGACAACAUUGAAGAGUUCAUCCAACAUGUCCAUGGCUCACACGUGGUCCGCACACUCCUACACCUGUUGGCAGGCUGCCUCGGACCCCCCCGCACUGAAUCCCGUCAAGGUGCAAAGGUGCGCGGGGUCGUUCCUCUGCUGACAGACUUUGAGAUUCCCACGUCCUUUUGGUACGAGCUGAAGAGCCUCACGGAGACCUUGAUGGAAAACAUUAAUCUGAGCGUGACAGAUGCUGUUGCCAGCGCAGUGUUCCAGACCAUGUUGACUGUCUGUCACAGGAAAAGGCCCAAGCUCUGCAAACAGCUCCUCAAACAAAUCAUGGCGUACCUAACGAGUCGCAGUGCUGCUCCGGGACUGAGUCCUCUUCUGGUCUUCCUGAAGGAUCAGGCUUCGAGUCACCUCAUUGAGACGAUCAUACAGCUAUCCCACAAGCCCCUUCUGCGGGACCUCUACAAGAACCAUCUCAAGGGUCACAUGGUCGACCUAGCCCUCCAUCCCAUCGCCAACUUUCCCAUACAGCGUCUGACUGCAGCGUCCGCCAAAUACACAAUGUUCCUGACGUUGUUCGAUGAGCUGAUCCAAGGUGUGGAGGCCGUCCUGGCCUCAGGUCACAUGGGGGUGAUCGUCCAGCUGGCAGAGAGCUGUGCAGAGAGCGAAGAGAAACAGGACGAGAUGCUGCAGUGUCUCCUGCGUGCGUUCCACUGCGCUGAGCCCGGCUCCCGACACGUCAGCUGCCUCCCCCUAUUCAUGUCCCUGCUCACCUAUGAGGUGUACUACCACUCUGAAACAGCAGAGGGCGGCACGUCAACAGAGGUCCCGCUGGCGUCCAUCUGUUAUCACGGCUCGCGGCUGGUCCAGGCGCUGUCCAGGUUCAAGGAGCGCUCGGUCCUCCUCAGCAGCCUGCGCACCCUGAGCCAGGCUGACAUCCUGACGCUGGCCUCUGACCCUGCAGGCAGCCACGUCCUCCAGGCCCUCGUCACCACAUCAAGCGACAAAGGGAGGGGCAAGAUCCUCAGGAGACUGGAGGGUCUGCAUGUUCAGAUGGCGUGCUCCAGGCUGGGCAGUCGGGUGCUGGAAGCCAUAUGGAACAGUGCAUCCGUGAAUCAGAGGCAAAGCAUCGCACAGGACCUAGUUCCAAGUGAAAACCAGCUGAGGUCGCAUCAGUUCGCUCGUCACGUGUGGGCCAAAUUCGCUCUCACCCACUUUGUGCACAGACGAGCGCACUGGCAGGAAAUACAGGCGGGCGAGUCCAAGAAGAGGAAGCUUUUCAGUGACAUUCUGGAAUAGAAAUUCUUAACAGCUUUCAUUGUUAUUUCCUACAUAUGUUCAUAAAAAUAAAAUAACAAAUUGUCUGUC